AUCACACUAUGUUGUGGUCACCUCCCAGGACAGAGCUGGAAUGUUGGGCCCAUGUCCCCAGACCUGUAUGCAGGUCGGCACUGAAGAGGGGGCAGCUGGGGACAAGAAAACAUCUCUCUGCCCAGACUUAUCUGAGCCUCCAUGCUAGGCUGGUGAGGGUGAAGCAAGGGCAUUUCCCUCUCAGUCUCAAACCUACACCAGGUUUCCUGCAGAAUGGGCAUAGCUAUGAGAAUUGUUGGCUCUUGUGAGCAAACAAGAGACCACAGAGAUGGAACAAGGUUUUCUGGCCUUACUCUGCCUUCCGACCUGAGCUGAAGGUGUGGGCUAAAAAGAAUGGACCCUGAGUGGUGGGCAAGCAUGUUGAAGAGCUGAGUGGAACUUGGGACAUGUACACCAUCAACUGUUCUCUGCCCCCGGCAGCCUGCGAUGUGUCGGCCCCAGAAGGAGAAACAAAGAAUUCACAAGAGCACACGGACCCGGGAGAUAGAAAACAUGAUUGUUCCUCUUCCUCUAUGGCUGAUGGAGUGAUAGAGGAAGAAGAAUACGAGGAGGCUCUCCAGGACAGUCCCGCAGGAGCACUGCAUCAGGAUCCUAAACAAGACAUCUUAGGAGGUCUGGGGGGGCCCCCGCCGAGCCCCCGGAGACUGAGGCUCCUGCUGGUGGGGAAAACCGGCACCGGGAAGAGCGCGACGGGAAACAGCAUCCUGGGCAGGAAAGAGUUCCUGUCUAAACUCAGCGCGCAGCCGGUGACCCGCGCCCUGCAAAGGGCCAGCCGCAGCUGGGCCGGCCGGGAGCUCGAGGUGAUCGACACCCCCGACAUCCUGUCCCCGCGGGCCCCGCCGGAGGCCGUGUGUGAGGCGGUCGCCUUCUCCGCCCCGGGGCCCCACGCGGUGUUGCUGGUGACGCAGCUGGGUCGCUUCACGGAGGAGGACCGGCAGGCGGUGCGGCGCCUCCAGGAGGCCUUCGGGGUGGGCGUGCUGGCCCACACGGUGCUGGUGUUCACGCGCAAGGAGGACCUGGAGGGGGGCUCCCUGGAGCACUACGUGCGGGAGACCGACAACCAGCACCUGGCGCUGCUGGACCGGGUGUGCGCGCGGCGCCACUGCGCCUUCAACAACGCGGCGGGCGGCGCGGAGCAGGAGGCGCAGCUGCGGGAGCUCCUGGCUCAGAUCGACGGCCUCCUGUGGGAGAACGAAGGCCGGCACUUCAGCAACCGCGCCUACCGCUACUCCCAGCGGAACGGUCUGCGCCUGGAAAGGCAGGUGCCCCGGGGGCGCGGCUCGGAGGAGGCGCCGGGCGCGCAGCCCGGGCGGGAGGGGCUGUGCCAGAUCCAGAAGGAAUCAGAGGAAGCUCACAGACGUCUGCUGGGGAGGGCGCCCAUUUGAGCCUUGGCAGGACCUCAGCUGCCGGCCUGUCGGUGCCCGGGGGUCCCUGGCCAUCUUAGUCUCCUGAUCGGCAGGUGCGUUCCAGAGUGCCCCACUCGCACCGCACCCUGGGGCCUUCAUCACACUUUCUGGGGCGAAGAAUGGCUUCAACACCGUAGGGAGCAGCCUGCCUGGUAGAGGGGAGAACUGCAGUGGGCGGACGUCUUCCUGGAGGGCUGUUCCAGCGCACAGGGUUCCGAAGAAGCCACCUAAGGUUGGAGAAUAGAGCAAGCAAGAUGGGGUCUGGCUCUGGCCAUCUAAUUGCAUAAGGAGAUGGAUGCGCGUCAGGUGCACCUCAGUUUCUUUGGCGUUCUAGGUGCUUCUGGGGAGUCUGAUCGACUGAUGGAGCAGAAUAGGAGCAGAGGGGACUUCUGGGAGGGGUGGGAAGUGGCCAUGGGGGAGACAGUGCUGGAGGGCGGUCAGAGAUCAGAGGACACAGCGUCAGGUCCAUUUGGACACUCCAUCAAUGGUUAAGUCUUUACAACCAGAUGCCCGAGGACUACAGUCUCCCAGUGUGGAGGCCGGGGACACGUCUCUUCCCCGGACCCAAUGGGCCUCUAGGAAAGUUUGAGCAUUUCAUUUGCUAGAAGAUUCAGAAAAGUGUCUCAGGGCUCGACAGAGACUUAUUUGGGGUGCAUACUUAAGUCUUUGUGCCAGAACCACUUAUUAGAUAUGCCAUCCAUUUCCCACCAAACUGAAGCACAUUUAUCAUAUAAUACGUUUUCAUAUUCCCUAAGAUCUAUGUCGGGAUUUUCAAUUCUGUUCUUGUCGCCUACCUUUCUUCCUUUUGUAUAAAUAAAAUAUUGAUUUUAUUCUAGAGGCUUUGAGAAUACUUUGACAGCCUACGUUUUUAUAUUUCCUUUGUUAUUUUCAGGCACUCAUUCUUCAGGGUGAAAGCUAAAAUCAUUUGCACUGUCGUUAGAAAAUUAAUUUCUUUAAAUGAUCUUGUCUUACCUGUCAGCUUUGUUAAUUUCAUAACAGAAAAUACAAGUAUUGACCAAAUGAUA